AUGGCUGAGUCAUGGAGCAUAGAAGAGGAAAAGCAGCUGCAGGCCUUGAUGGCCAAGAAGGUGGUUGCUACGAAUGAGAGCCGUGGAGCCGCUAUGAGCGAUGGCUCAAAGCGUGACUACACCAGUGUGGAGCUGGAUUUGCCGAUGGGCAUUGCCAGCAUGGAGCAAUGGGGCCGCACGGUCAUUGCUUUUGGCAAAUAUGCCGAAGCCAAUGUGACCUACAAUGAGAUGUUGACAGCCCCGGAGUAUGCGGGAUACCGCAAGUGGUGCAAGAGCCACCUGACAACCCAUACUGCUGGCAAGGUCGCCAUGGACUUUGUCAAGUAUCGGGAUGCCUUUGAAAAGAAGUCCAACAAGGACUCUGGACUUCUGUUCCCAGGAACUGAGGUGGAGCGCCGCUUCAAGUGA